GUGGAUCAGACCGGGCCAGAACCCUGGCUUCACCCAUAAAAUGUAGCCUGCAGGGUUCAAAUCGUCUGCCUGCAUUCACAAUGAACGGGGACUUCGUCUUUGGGGGUGCUUUUUCAAUUCACUACAAGGAGCUCACCAGGACUCACAACUACACCACUGUGCCUGAACCGCCUAGCUGUGCAAGGGGCAUCAACAGCCGAGAACUGCGCUUCUCUCGCACAAUGAUCUUUGCAAUCGAGGAGAUCAACAACAGCACAGAGCUACUGCCAGGCGUCAAACUCGGUUAUCAGAUCCACGAUUCGUGUGCCUCCGUGCCCAUGGCCAUGCAUGCAGCAUUUCACCUGUCAAAUGGGCAAGAUACUAUAUUUGAGACAGGUGAUAAUUGUUCUUCGUCUGGUGUAGUAAUGGCUGUUGUUGGUGAGUCUGGUUCUACCCCAUCCAUUAGUAUGUCUCGUAUUUUGGGGCCCUUCAACAUACCUCUGGUGAGUCACUUUGCCACUUGUGCCUGCCUGUCAGAUAAAGAUCAGUACCCAACAUUUUUCAGGACAAUCCCCAGUGACCAAUUUCAAGCCGAUGCACUGGCCAAGCUGGUGAAACACUUUGGUUGGACUUGGAUAGGCGCCGUCCACUCGGCCUCAGAUUAUGGAAACAAUGGCAUGGCAUCUUUUCUUGAAGUAGCACUCAGAGAGGGGAUCUGUGUGGAGUACAUUGAGUCUUUCUAUCGGACUGAUCCAACCAGCAAGAUUCGAGGAGUAGCUGAUGCCAUUCGCAGGUCAACAGCGGUGGUUGUUGUCGCAUUUGCAGCUGCUGGCGAUAUGAAAUUUCUCUUAGAGGAGCUGGCCCGAAAUCCUCCUCCACCCCGUCAGUGGAUCGGGAGUGAGUCUUGGGUAACAGAUCCACUCUUGAUGAGAUUCAGUUUCUGUGCAGGAGCCAUUGGAGUUGCCAUUCAGCAAUCUGUCAUCCCAGGUCUGAGAGACUUCCUUCUGGAUCUCCCUCCAACAAAGGUGGCUGCCUCUCCGGUACUUACCGAAUUCUGGGAGGAUGCAUUCAACUGUAGCCUGACAAAAAGUGCAAAAGUAAAUGGCAAACUUUGUGAUGGAACUGAAGACUUAAAAUCUCUAAAUAAUCUCUAUACUGAAACGUCCAAGUACAGAAUCACCAACAUGGUGUACAAAGCUGUUUAUGCCAUAGCUCAUGCUAUUCACAAUGCAGUGUGUCAGGAAAAAAAGCCAACCGCUCACUGUGACAAACACAUCAGACUGGAACCCAAACAGAUUUUCACUGAAUUAAAGAAAGUCAACUUUUCUCAGAAUGGCUAUCAUGUAUCGUUUGAUGCUAAAGGAGAUCCUCUAGCCUUUUACGAGGUGGUUAACUGGCAGAAGACUGAGAGUGCAGUCAAUGAGCUGAUAACUGUGGGAUACUAUGAUGCAUCACUGCCCAAAGGCCAGGAGUUUCACAUUUACAAGAACUUAACCUGGGUGGAAGGAAGAGCGCAAGUACCGGUGUCAGUUUGCUCAGAGAGUUGUCCUCCAGGAACUCGAAAAGUGUUGCAGAAAGGAAAACCAAUCUGCUGCUAUGACUGUAUACCAUGUCCUGAAGGAGAGAUCAGUAAUAUCACAGAUGCUCCAGAUUGCAUUCAAUGCCCUAGAGAGUUCUGGCCUAAUUCAGUCAACACUGCUUGUUUCCCCAAAGCUGUGGAGUUCCUCUCUUUUGAUGAAGUGCUGGGAAACAUUAUAGAAAUAUUCUCCAUUAGUGGAGCCUUUCUGGCCAUCAUUACAGCAGUGAUUUUCUUCCAUCACAGAACAACACCAAUUGUCAGAGCCAACAACUCAGAGCUGAGCUUCCUGCUGCUCUUCUCUCUGACUCUGUGUUUCUUAUGUUCACUAACUUUCAUUGGAGCCCCCUCUGAGUGGUCCUGCAUGCUGCGGCACACAGCGUUUGGCAUC